GACGUUCGGAACGAAACAGACCGCACGAAACGUGGUCCUCAUUUGGCGGAUGUUAUUUUCUAUCGCGGCCGCUCAUUGGCUUGAAUGUGACGUGUCGUGACGUCGCGAUCACGCCCCCAAAUGCAGUUUCCGCUUCCGUUUUUCCCGGCCAAAGUUGUCAAAAGUGUCAACAGACGUCGUUGGCGACGCUCUGCGCUCUCGGUUGCGAGUUGACGUGAACAAAAUGAGCAAAUAGAAAGUUAGAAGAAAAACCACAAACAAGUCGUUGCACCGGAGUGGAGCAAACUAAGAGGACGAGGACGUUCCGGUUUGACGACAAGAGCCGCCUGCGCUGACAGUCACCUUGCGAGCCCAAGUGCGGAAAUGCGAAAAAACAACAACAACUCCCUCAACCGCGUGUGCACGGAGCAUUUUCCCGGCGACAACGACGUUGCUGGGUCCGUCGGGGGGGGGGGGGGGAUCAGCUCGGAUGGACCACCCGUUAGCCGAGCGCCGGAAUGCGGCUAACCCGCCGACGGAGACGCGGGCGGCCCGCGGCGGAGACCGGUCCUCGCACCUAAGCAGCAUUCCAGGUUUCGCACAGUUCCUCGACAUCGUGCGAGAGGAUCACGAUUAUUUGCGGGAGGAGCUGACCUACCGCUCGCCGCUUGACAGCAAGGAGCCUUGGCGGCGCGACCACGAUUAUCCCUUCGCGUGGGUCAGCCCGGACAAGGGCGGCGACAAGGGUGAGCACUUUAUAUUUGAAAAUGACCAGGCCGCUCUGGUCCACAUGGGUAUAUCCGUGCAAACGCUAGCCACGCUGGUGGAGUCGGUGCAGUGUCACGCCAACAAAGAUUUCCAGCUGCCCGUGCGCUCUCAGGUAAUCAUGACACUAAUGAAGCUCAAGACCAACCUACCUCUGGCCGACCUGAGCGUGUACUUCCACACGUCCGAGUGCACGGCUCUCGAAACGGUCUUAUAUUGGAUCGACGUGCUGGCGGAGGUCUUGCGGCUCGCCAUCCCGUGGCUAUCCAAACAAAUCAUCCAAGCCAGCAUGCCCGCCGAGUUCAGGGAGAGAUUUCCCAACACGACGUGCUUCGUGGGCUGCGGCGAGAGCGUCCUGCGCAAGCCUCAGGGGCGCUGCUCGCCCAGCAUGGUCAAGUACCUGCUGGCCGUGGCCCCGUGCGGCCUCAUCAUGUUCAUGUCGCCCGCCUACUCCGGGCGCUGCCGCCACGACGACAUGGCGCUGGAAUCGGGUUUGCUGGACCUCCUCGUGCCGGGGGACGAGGUCAUGACCCCAGGAGGCUUCGCGAUCAAAGGCCUGCUGUUUAAGCGGCAGGUCAAACUGGUCGUGUCGUCGCUCAGCAAAGAUGGCGGCCAGGCCGCCGCCUCCUCCUCCUCUUCCGCCGGCCACAUUGCACACGUCGGAGAUCACGUCGAAGGCGCCAUUCGCCACUUGAUGACUUUUAAUAUACUUUCGCAGGGCGUUCCCACUACGUUGGCGCCACAAAUUGACAAGAUUCUCCGUAUUUGCGCCGCCCUGACCAAUCUGAGGAUUCAGGUUUUAAACUAAUUUUUUCCAGUCCCUCCAGGAUUUCCCAGGCUUUUUGAGUUUGUUGUGGCCUAAAAUGCCUGAUUUCAUGGAAGCGAUUUACCGAAUAAUUUUUCUGGAGCGUUUGUUAGGAUGAAAUUCACAUAAUUCAUGGGAAUCGGUUGAAUGCUGGUGAAUUGUGAAUUCCUGGACGUACUGAUUUGUACAUACUACUGAGUACGUCAGUGAUUUUCAACUGGUGGGUUGGGACCCAAAAGUGGGACGAAGACCCAUUUUGGGUGGGGUCGCAAACAGCUACUAAACUACUACUUUUUCCGGUAGAGUACAAAGGCGGAGCAAGUUCCCGCAUGGAAAAUAUUAGUAUUAUAUUAUAAGCGACAAGAAAUGUAGCUGCCUCACACUUUAGCCAGUAUACUGUAGUUUACGCUGUAAACAAAUAUAGUGCAGCUCAGUCUCUGGCGAGCGGACGUCAUGGCAAGCGAUAUGCUUUUGGCGGUACAUCAAACUCAUUUGAAAUGGUGUUUGAAAAUAUAAUAAACUAUAUUCCCAUUGGCGAUUUAUUUAUUUUUUUCCAACCGAUCAUGUUCUUUAUUGUUGUUAACUUCCCAAAAGUGGGUCGCGACUUUGCAACAAUAGGAAAUGCGAGUCCCAGGUUGACAACAGUUGAGAAUCACUGGAGUAUACUUACUAGACUCCCGGGUCAUUCCAUUAAAAAUCAACCAAGAGUUUUUCCUUCGCCUCCUAGGAUUUUUUUUUUUCUCCUUCAAAUUUUGAGGUGUGGUUGGAAAUGGAAGGAAAAGUCCUGUCUUUUAUUUUCCCAACUACUUUUUUGCCACAAAGAGGUUCAGAACAAAAAUGUUUUGGUGUUGUGGUCUUGUCCUUCAAUAUCCAACCACAGCACACUCAAUAUUUGAAGAAAAUCUGAGAGCGAUUUUAAAAUGACCCCAUUACCAUCUCGUUUGUGAUGCUGGUGGUACAGCACAGGGGGAUAUUUUAUCGGACUACUGCAAUCUAGUGCUUGCGAGCACACGAGGAAUGGGGGAAGGGGUAUUUGAAGACGAGGAAGAAGAAGAAUAUUAAUAUGGUAUUCUAUUCUGUACUUUGUCAAAUCGUAAGUGUUAGUUAAAUAGAUCACUGUUUGCCUCAGUUAUUUAUGUGAAGUCCAUCUAUGAAUUUCAUUUUGGUUGAAACUACUUCCAAAUUUCUACUUGUACUGAUUGUAUUAUUAUUAUUAUUAUUUUAUUUGUAUGGAAGCUAUAACAGAACGCUGUCACCUCAGUCAGUUUUCUCUUGCAUGUGUGAAAUGCAAUUUGUUGCUAUUGUGAAUGAUUGAAUUUAAUUUAUGUGCCUUGAUUCAAACCAAAACUAGGUUGGUUUUAUUUGUUGUAGAAGCAUGUAUCACUACACCAUUAGUGCAAAUCACAAUGUAUGUAAUAAUAAUAGCUGAAAUGUGUAACACACCUUUAAAAGGGACUCAAGGACACUUAACUAAACUUGUGUGCAUGUUACUAGUGCCAUAUAUACUAUGUUAUGUAUAAGUAAUUGUAAGCCUUCUAUACUCCCAAGCGCGUGAUCCUAAGCCAUUGUUUGCCUUUAUGAAAAAUGGAAUAUGUAGCCACUAUGAGCACCUCACCUUUUAAUGCACUAUAAAAAAUGAUUUUCCACUUUCAUAUUAAAGCGACAUAUACUGUGUGAA